GAAUUCGUAAUAGUCAUCACUCAUCACAUUAUAUUAUAUAGGUUGUUUGAACCACUGAAUAAUUGAAUACUGAUUAGUGAGUCACGUCUCAACCGUCCGUUAGCAGUCGUUACGUAGACACGUAGUACGUACGAUACUUACGUUUCCAUCUGACGAUUUCCGCGUGACAACGGAAAACAAACGCAAAUCACAUUACGAUUCAUUAAGCGUUUUGUUCACUCGCUGUAUCUCGUCGAAACGACCUAGAAAAGAUCUCUCCGCUCCGUCUAAGUAGCUCUUCGUCAUCGCCACUCUCCAACUAUUGUGAGCAAGAUGAAGGUAGUUGUAGUUUUGGGAUUGGUGGUCUUUGCCAUCAACUCAGUAAGCUCAAUAAAUUUAAAUGAGGUUAUUGAAGAAGAAUGGGGCUUAUUCAAAGUUCAAUUCAAGAAAAUAUAUGAAGAUGUUAAGGAAGAAGCAUUCCGUAAAAAAGUUUAUUUAGAUAAUAAGUUGAAAAUUGCCAGACACAAUAAAUUGUAUGAAACUGGUGAAGAAACAUAUGCCUUGGAGAUGAAUCAUUUUGGUGAUUUGAUGCAACAUGAAUAUAGUAAAAUGAUGAAUGGAUUUAAACCCAGUUUGGUUGGUGGUGAUAAAAAUUUCACUGAUGACGAAGCUGUGACUUUCUUGAAAUCUGAAAAUGUUGUUGUUCCAAAGGCGAUGGACUGGAGAAAGAAAGGUUAUGUAACUCCCGUUAAAAACCAAGGACAAUGUGGAUCAUGUUGGUCAUUCAGUGCUACUGGAGCAUUGGAAGGACAACAUUUCCGUAAAACUGGUGUGUUAGUAUCAUUGAGUGAGCAAAAUUUAAUUGACUGCUCUCGUAAGUACGGUAACAAUGGUUGUGAAGGCGGUCUUAUGGAUCUUGCUUUCAAAUACAUCAAAUCUAACAAGGGACUUGAUACUGAAAAAUCUUACCCAUAUGAAGCUGAGGAUGAUAAGUGUCGUUAUAAUCCAGAGAACUCUGGGGCCACUGACAAAGGUUUUGUUGACAUACCAGAAGGUGACGAAGAAGCCCUCAUGCAUGCUUUGGCUACUGUAGGACCAGUGUCCAUUGCUAUUGACGCUUCAUCUGAGAAAUUCCAAUUCUAUAAAAAAGGUGUGUUCUACAAUCCUCGUUGUAGUUCCACAGAACUGGACCAUGGAGUGCUUGUUGUUGGUUACGGUUCUGACCACAAAGGAGGAGAUUAUUGGAUUGUUAAGAAUUCAUGGGGCAAGACUUGGGGAGAUCAAGGUUAUAUAUUGAUGGCACGUAACAAGAAAAAUAACUGUGGUGUUGCAUCUAGUGCCAGUUAUCCUUUAGUUUAAAUGUUUUUAAUUUCAAAUUAUUAAUUGUAAACUAUUUUUUUAAACAUUUCUCAAUAUUUUUACUAUAGCAUUUUUAAUGUUUCACUUAAUUAUUUAUAAGAAUGUAUUGAUUUCCAAAACAAAUUUUAAUAAGACAUCUUUCUAUUUUAA